AAUUUAUAAAUAAAAACGAGAAAAGAAAAGGACAAGAAAAAAUUCGAUUGAGAAUAUUUGGAAGAUGGAAGUGCAUCAAUCACUUCCGGCUCGAUAUUUGCAUAAUCCAUAUUUGGUGAAAACAGAAACAACAUUACAACAGCAACAACAACAACCACAACAACAACAACAAAUUCUUCCGCCUCAGGCAGUAGUGGUAACAGUAACUGCAACAAAUCAACAACAAUCAACUUCGGCCGUUGUUUCCGAAUCGUGUUCCUUAACAUCAUCAUCAUCAUCAUCAUCAUCAUCAGCAUCAUCAUCAUCAUCAUCAUCAUCAUCAUCAUCAUCAUCAUCAUCAUCAUCGGUAUCAUCCAAUCGGCGUACAACGACGCAUACGGUAGAUGCAACAAACAGCAACAGCGACAACAUCAACAACAAUAACAGUAACAAGAUCGAUGAGAGUAACAACAAUACUGAACACAACAGCAGCAACAACAAAAACAACACUAUCAUUAACAUACAACAACAACAAUCCGGAAAUGGUACUGGUAGAAGUUUUUAA